ACCAAACCAAACAAACAAAACAAAUACCACUGGCUCCUCUUAGCUUCAUCACUCUUCUAUAUAUUCAGCACCUCCCUUCUACCUAAUCACAAAUACAAUUCCAAAGCUGAAAUAGAGGAUUACUAGCUAUUUUCAUCAGAAAGAGAAGAUCAUCAAUUCAUCAUCACCAUCAUGAGUACUACUUCAAGAGCAAGCAAGGCCAUAGUGGCUGCAAGUGUUGGAGUGGUUGAGGCAAUGAAGGACCAAGGCAUUUGCAGGUGGAACUCACCCACCAUAAGAUCAGCGCAUCAACAAGCCAAGAAGCAGUUUAUGUCAGUUUCUCAGGCCAACAACACAAAGCUCUCUUCUUCUUCUUCAACCUCAGCUUUGAGCAAAGUCAGGGAUGCGAAGCUCAAGAAGUCAGAGGAAUCUUUGAGAACAGUCAUGUACUUGAGCUGCUGGGGUCCCAACUAACUCAAAAUCAAGAUCAAGAUCACUCUGGUUGUAAUUAGAUGUAGGAGAUUGACUAAUGUCCCUGCAAUUGGGGCAAAUUGUUGUAGAUUUUGUAUACUAUUGACAAGCUUUUGUACUUUUUACUUUCCUAAUCAAGAAAUACCAUUGACAAAAGCGUAUGGCAGAUGAAAUGCCAAUUUGGCAACACCAUUCU